CUAUUUUGCUAGCAACUUCACUCUAUCUUUGCCACUCCCACAAGGAUAGGACAUUUUCCAUUAGAAUUAGUUGGUCAAAAUUAAAUAAAGAUUUUGUGUUUUUCACCGGCAUAAAUGUUCGCUGAUAAGUUAUUAAGGAAAUAUAAUUUUUUAGUUGAGAUAUUUUGUUAUGCUUUAAUGUGCAGUUUAAUUGUGUAAAUUGUGACGUCCUGUGAUUUCUAGUUGAUGAAUUUAAUAUUUGAGGUUGACCGAUAAAUCCUGGGUACAGAAGGGCUGAGAUAAUGUCUGGAGCUUGCAACUGCUCCGUGUUCCUGCCUGGGCCAUCCAUCGCACCUCCCUGUGGCUCUGCCUCCCUCACCUUCAUGAGCCUCCUUCAGGUGUUCCUAAGGUCACAGUGCGACAUAGAGGAUCCGUGUAGGCGUGUGGAGUCUAUCGACAGCCCAUUUUCCGAUUACGACUUCAUCGUUGUUGGAGGAGGCUCAGCAGGGUCAGUUGUGGCGAGUAGACUGUCCGAAGUGCCCCAAUGGAAGGUUUUGCUCAUAGAAGCUGGGGUGAAUGAACCGACUGGCAGUCAAGUGCCUGGAUUGUGGGUGAACUUCUUUGGAUCGUCAAUUGACUGGAAGUAUAAAACUGAACCAGAAAAAAUGGCGUGUCUUGGAAGUGUUGAGCAAAGAUGUUCUUGGCCUCGAGGAAAGGUGAUUGGAGGCACUAGUGUGAUUAACGGUAUGAUGUAUAUGAGGGGAAGCAGAAAAGAUUACAACGACUGGGAGCAGGCAGGAAACCCAGGGUGGGGGUACAAAGAUGUUCUUUCAUAUUUUAUGAAAUCAGAAAACAAUCUACAACAAUCUUCAGUGGACGAGGGAUAUCACGGAACAGGAGGGCUUCUUCCUGUGUCUCAGUUCCCAUACCAUCCUCCCAUUGCUGAGGCAUUCCUUGAAGGGGCUAAAGAACUAGGUCAGAGGGUAGGAGACCUCAACGGCAAAACUCAUGAAGGUUUCGCUAUCGCCCAAGCGACUAACAAAAAUGGAAUUAGAUUCAGUAGCGCUCACGCUUUUCUACGACCAGCUAAAACUCGAACAAACCUUCAUAUACUUCUCAAUACGACUGUCACACGUGUUCUGGUUGACCCAAAGACCAAAAAAGCAUUAGGAGUAGAAAUAAUGAAACCUUGUGGCAAAACAGAACAAGUAUUAGCAAAAAAAGAAGUUAUUGUGAGUGGUGGAGCUGUGAAUUCCCCUCAGAUUCUCCUUUUGUCAGGCAUCGGUCCAAAAGAAGACCUGGAAAAAGUCGGAAUUCCAGUAGUACACGACCUACCAGGAGUGGGUAAAAACCUACACAAUCAUGUAGGACAUACAAUUAAAUUCUACAUUGACAAUAAUCAAGUGGUGGACUUAGAUUGGGCGACAGCUAUGCAAUAUAUGUUACAUCGGGAUGGAUUAUUGUCAUCAACUGGUCUUUCAUCACUUACAGGUAUGGUUAAGUCCAAGUUUGCUAACUCAAGCGAAGAUCAUCCUGAUAUCCAGAUAUUUUUUGGAGGUUAUAAAGCUAACUGUGCCAAAACUGGAGAAGUGGGACAAGUUUUGGAGAAUGAUGAUGGAUCACCAAAGAAAAGAAUGAUAACCAUGACUCCGACCAAUCUGCAUCCAAAGAGCAGAGGCUAUCUUACAUUGAAGGAUAAAAAUCCACUUUCACAUCCGAAAAUCGUUCCUAAGUACCUUACAGAAAUUGAAGACGUUCAUAGAUUGAUUGAAGGAAUCCGAUUUGGGAUAAAACUUGCUGAAACCAAAGCACUUGAGGAAUACGGUAUCAAACUGGACACAAUACCGAUUACUGCUUGCAAACACUUGACAUUUGGUUCUGAUGAAUAUUGGGAGUGUGCGGUUCGUCAUAACACGGCUCCUGAGAAUCACCAAGCGGGUUCUUGCAAGAUGGGACCUUCCUCCGACCCGCUGGCUGUAGUGGACCAUCAACUGAAGGUUAGAGGCAUUGAUAACUUGAGAGUGAUGGAUGCCUCCAUCAUGCCUAAGCUGACCUCAGGCAACACAAAUGCUGUAUGUAUCAUGAUUGGAGAAAAGGGCGCAGACAUGAUCAGGAAGAGCUGGUCCAGGCAGUAGAUUCAUAGGUUCAAACAUUUGUGUCAAUCAGUUUUAGAAAAUAAAGCAAUAACAUACUGUC